AUGGUGUGGCCAUUGAAGGAGAGAAGGGGUCCAGCAUGGAAGCAAGGGUGGACGACAAACACUUUGUGCUCUCUGUCUGCGCCACCUUUGCAACUCCUCGCCGUAGUCGGCAUAGUCAUGUUUUUGCUAUUUGUUCCGUCUUACAUUAACUUCAAGUCCACCCUGCACACAGCCACAAUCAGCUUCCACGUGUUCCUCUUGCUGUUCCCCCUUUUGUUGAUUUUCGUUGCCUACACCAUCUCUAAAUAUGGACCACGCCUUCUGCUUCCGGCGCCGCCACCAUUCUUCGGUGGCAUACGAGUCAGAUCAGACGGUGGAGGGUUUCCCUGGGGCGUGGCGGCGUUGGUGGUGUUGCUCUUGGUUUUGGCCUCUUACCUUUCCAAUUUCAGGUCCAUGUGGUCGCCACUCAUUUGGACCCCCUACUAG